AUGGUCGGGGUAUACCAAGUGCCCGAGCUUCUUCUCAACUCCUUCGUGGGCUCAACCGCGGAGGAAAACGUGGAAGGAGGAUUGAAAGUCUCGGGAGAUUGCUUGUUUCCACAACCAAGAGACUUGACCAGUCAGGAAACACAGGACUACGACAUUCGGCAGAUUCGGUCUGUGCUGGAUGGCCAUGGAAGGGAGUGUUCAAAGCAGGCAGUUCCGCUCUUGGUACUGGCAUGGGCUAUCCUAUUGAAAGAAUACAGCCGAUCUGAAACGUUGCUCCUCUCGAUUUGUGAUAACGAGAAAUUCGUGGCGCAGAUCCCAUUCGAGUCGCAGCCAGCAUCCUCGAUUAAGUCAGCCCUAGAGCAGGCAGCAGAAUUUCUCACAUUUCCCACCGAUCCCGUCAAAUCAGAAGCCCACGCGACAGGGAACGACCAAUACGCAUCCCAUGUGACACUGGACAUCAUGGACUGCCAUCCAAAGACACGUGGGAACUUCCGACUCCACUCGCAGGAAGCCCUUCGAUUGGUAUGGUGGCAGACGGACGCAACCAUAGAUGUCCAUGUAUACUAUGACUUAACGAAAUGCAUGGAUGAACAGGCGCAACGAUUUCUAUCCCAAUACCAAAGCAUUGUACAACAGCUCAUGCGGCAGGAUCGCACUCGAUGUCUCCGGGAUAUCGAAAUGAUCAGUGUCCAAGACAAGGACACCCUGAUGCAGUGGAACUCAGGUCAGAUUAUGGUGUCGGAAGGUCGGCUGCAUGAGUCAUUUCAAGCCAGGACUCGUGAAAGACCUAACGAACCCGCGGCUGUCACCACUGAAGGAUGUUUGACAUAUGCACAAUUGGAUGAGCUAUCAUCCAUUCUGGCUGCGACCUUGGUCGAGCGCGGUAUUGGUGGGGGAGCAAUUGUCCCCAUCCUGUUCCAAAAGUCGCUCUGGGCUAUCGUCAGUAUACUGGCCGUCUUGAAAACCGGAGCGGCGAGCACAUCGAUAUGUGCGAGCCACCCAAAUCUUUAUAUUACGAAAGUAGUGGAGCAGACAGGGUCCACGGUGGUUCUGACCUCGGAGACCGAAUACGAUCGGUUGGCGCGCGUAAAAGGCGUCGAUCGCAUGGUCGUUUCAGAGGCAACACUGAGAUCAUUGCCUCGGCCAUCGGCCAGCUGGCAGCUCCCAAGCGGCGAUAAAGAAGAUGUUGCGUGCGUUCUCUUCACGUCUGGUAGCACGGGUCAACCCAAGGGUGUUCUAUUAAGUCACCGGGCCAUUGCCACAACAAUGCACCACCACGGCCUUGCCACGGGGAUCGAUAAACCACCCAGAUCCCUGCAAUUCUCAUCCUAUGCAUUUGAUAUGGCCAUUUAUGAAAUAUUCCAUGCACUGGUGAGAGGAGGGACGGUGUAUACCCCAUCCGAAGAGGAAAGGCUGCACGAUCUUCCGUCUUUCGUUGCGAAACAUCGAACGACAUGGGCGUUCAUCACGCCCACAAUGCUCAGAACUUUUGGUCCUGAGCAAUUCCCGACUAUGGAAACAAUUGUUGUUGGCGGAGAGGCGGUUGGCAAUGACCUGGUCCAAACAUGGGGUAGUCGGCUGUACAACGGCUUUGGGCCGGCCGAAGUGAGCAUAUGUGUGUCAACUCGAAUGGACCCUCGGUGCUGGGUGGAAGGCACAAUUGGCAGGCCAGUCGGCUGCAUUGGGUGGAUAGUGAACCCAAAUGACAUGAACACCCUGACCCCAAUUGGAGGAAUAGGGGAACUUCUCGUGGAGGGACCCAUUGUUGCUCACGGAUACUUCAACCAGCCAGAGAAGACCGAGGAAGUCUUCGUUUCAGCACCCAGCUGGAGGUCUACUUUUUCCAUUCCACAUCGCGGUGCUUUCUUUAGGACUAGCGACUUGGUCCAAUUCAACUGGGAUGGCUCAAUGCGAUACUUGGGCCGAAGAGACAAUGUGAGGAAGAUCAAUGGCCAACGAGUAGACAUCGAAAACAUCGAAUUUACCCUGCGACAGAUGGAGACAAGCUUGGAUAUUUCCGUGGAUGUCUUGACCUCGCCCGGCCCAUACCAGCAAGACAUUGUUGUCGCCUUUGUGGCAGAGAGAUCGACGAAAGCCGAUGUAUUGAAAGUGUCCUCGAUGUGCAAAGACAGUGCGCAUGUAGAAAUGAAGCGUUAUGGGCGAGAAGAUGCGAUCCGUGAUGAGAUGGGGCACCGUCUACCGCGAUAUAUGAUACCGGCCUUUGUGAUUGAGCUCUCGGCUCUACCAAAGACAGCUACUAGCAAGGUCGACCGGAAACACCUCGCCGCCAUGUUCACCGGGCGAUCAGAAUCUGAGAUGAUGAAACUGCUCAAGUCGAAGACAAAUGGGAAAGCCAAAAGAAUCGCGACCUCCGCGGCCGAACAUCAAGUGGCAUCUCUGGUUCAGGAGACUCUACGGUUAGAGGCGAGAGAUAUCGAUAUGAAUAGCGCCUUUGUGCACAUGGGCGGGGAUUCUUUGGCCGCCGUGAGACUAGUCAGUCUCGCUCGAAAGUCAGGAAUCUCUCUAAAAGCCAUGGAUCUUUUGCAACACGACCGGAAAUUAGCAGACCUGGCGGAGGAGCUUCAGAAGUGCGAAUCAAUCCCUUUGGCCGUGGGAUCUACUGUUAUGCCUCCUUUUUCUAUGCUCCCGGAAAAUAGCGAUGAUCGCGCUAAGGUCCUGGAGGCAGCCCAAGAGCAAUGCGGCAUUAGGGAAGAGUCGAUUCGCGACAUCUACCCAUGCACACCAAUCCAAGAGGGUCUGUUUUCCAGCACCUCCGUUGGCAGCCAGGCAUACAUCGAUCGAUUUACAUUAACGCUCUCUCCUGGGGUCGACCGGCUUCGGUUGGUCAGAGCCUGGAACACGUUGAUUCGAUCCAGCGACAUACUGCGAACCCGUAUUGUCCAAACAUCCAUUGGGGUGUACCAGGUCGUCACGGAUCAUCAUGAGCUCCCGAUACCAUCCUACAAAUCCGAGGAACAGUAUUUGACAAGUGACGCGACGAAGGAGAUGGGCCCCGGCACUCCUCUAGUCGUCGUCGGUCUCAUAGUACCAGAAACGUCUUCCGGUACAGAGAAAAGCAUUUCCACGCCCAAAGCACAACUUGUGGUUACUAUUCAUCAUGCAGUGUAUGAUGGCUGGUCGUGGGAAAUGAUGCUGCAGGAUGUAGAGGCCGCCUACCGAGGCGAGUCGCUGCCUCCGCGUCCGUUUUCGGGAUUCGUAGGCUUCCUGCAAGGUCGGGAUCUUGUCGGCGAACAGGAGUUUUGGCGUUCGUACUGUCACAACCUCAACGCCGCCGUCUUCCCCGAAGCCCUCACAACCAACCGGGCUGCCCAACUCCGAAUUCGAUUACCCUAUCGUCACCAACCCCCGCAGAGUCCACCACCAGGGAGGGAGGGAACUGACCGGGAAGAAGCUGUUGGCCCUCAGGUGACCCCGGCGAUCAAAGUCCAUUUGGCAUGGGCCAUCCUUAUCUCUCUAUAUACGCAGUCUCCUGGCGUGGUUUAUGGGACCAUUAGCAAUGGAAGGCUAUCAUCUUAUCCGGGGAUGGACGGCAUCAUGGGGCCGACGUUGGCCACCAUCCCAUUUGGGCACACGAUCGAUCGAUCUAUGCGCAUUGACCAGGCACUCCAAGCGACUCAGGAUAACAUGCAGUCCACAGUCGAGUGGGAGCAUGCGGGAUUGCACUCCAUUUCUCGCGUCAGUCCCGAAGCAUCCACGGCGUGUAUGUUCCAGACCCUGGUCGUAAUCCAGCCACGUAAGGAUCCACAAAAUUCGGCGGUUUUUGACUCCGUCCAAGAGCGGACGGGAGCAGACGGGUUUGUUCCGGGGUAUUCGAUGGUUUUGAUCUGUACUCCCGGUGAGAUGGACCAGAGUUGGGAGUUGGAGCUCCUGCUGGACGAUGGAAUCGUUCCCCCGGCCCAGGGGGAGCGCAUCGUUCGUCAGUUCAGUCAUAUCCUGUCCCAAUUGAAUGGGCCGCAGUCCACCCGACUAGAGCAACUCGAUUGUUUGGACAUAGCCGAUCAGGUUCAGUUAUGCGAGUGGCAACUACCUCCUCCUUCGCGCGUCGAUUACACCAUCCAUGGCCUUGUCAAACUUCAGUGCCAGAUCCGCCCGCAAGAGCAGGGGGUUUGCUCCUGGGAUGGGUCUUUCACGUAUGAUGAGGUACAGCGAUUUUCUGAUACAGGUGCAAUCGGUCUGCGGGACAUGGGCAUUGGGCCAGGGACCAUUGUUCCUAUUUGCUUGGAACGCACCAAGUGGGUUGUCAUCGCCAUGCUAUCCGUCAUGAAGACUGGGGCUGCAUUUGUCCUGCUGGAUCAAAGUUCAGCCUGGGAGAGAAAUCAAAGCAUAUGUAAGACAGUGGCGGCGCAGUGGGUCAUAACAUCCGCCAUAUGCAGGGGGUAUUGUGAGAGCUUUGGGCCUCAAAUCCUACUAUUCUCCGACCAGGUGGUACGGGAAGAAGCAAUCCAGCCAUCCGCUCCGCAGGAAGACCUUUUAGAUACUGUCCGUCACAGCGAUCUUCUCUAUGUCGUGUUUACCUCCGGGUCGACCGGGAACCCCAAAGGCGUGGAGAUUGAACACGGGUCAUACUGCUCCGCCAUGAUUGCCCAGCGUGAGAAGCUCUACAUCCGAGCAGGCACGCGUGUCUUACAACUGUCGUCGUAUGCAUUCGACUCCUUUGCAGUCGAGAUUCUCACUACCUUGUCUAGCGGCGGCUGCGUGUGCAUCCCGUCAACCGAAGAGCUAUCCGGGGGCAUUGGCUCGGCCAUUCGACAGUACCGCGCCGAAUGGAUGUGCGCCACUCCAUCCAUGCUUCGGCUUAUUACGCCUGCCGAGGUGCCCAGCUUGAGAACCGUAGUCGCCGUGGGAGAGACGUUGCUACCGUCGCAGGUCGCAGUAUGGGCACCCGCGGUCACGUUAUUGUGUGGUUAUGGGCCGUCUGAAUGCUGCACGGGAGCAACCGUCCACACCAUACACGGUGGAUCCGUUGACCCUCGCAACAUUGGGACAGGAAUGGGAUGUACGCUGUGGGUGGUGGACCAGUACGAUCACAAUCGUUUGAUGCCGAUCGGGGCGAUCGGAGAAUUAGUCCUCCAAGGACGCAUCGUUGGCCGAGGCUAUCUGAACGAGCCGGAAAAGACUAGUUCUGUGUUCCUGGAUCAAACCGAAUGGUCCACUGAGAUGAAUUCCUCUGGGGAGAGAUUAUACAAGACAGGAGACCUGGUGCGGAUUAAUCCCGAUGGCACUUGCCUCUUCCUUGGUCGCAAAGACCACCAAGUGAAAUUGCGCGGCCAGCGCCUGAACUUGAUGGAUGUCGAGCACCACCUAACGGAAGCCCUUGGAGCCCAGUUCACCACGAUUAUGGCGGACAUCAUUAAACCGAGGACAGAAGAAAUUGGAGAUACCCAUCAUAUGCUGGUGGCAAUGGUUGAAACGUCGGACGAGGGGAUGUUUAGCACGUCCACCUCCCAGGUUCAGACCAAUGACGAGCUCCUAUUUGUUCCCCCCAGUUCCCGGUUCGUGAAGAUGAUCAGUCAAGUUGAGCAGGAGCUCUCAGCCACACUGCCGGCAGUCAUGAUCCCCUCGCUGUGGCUCCUCGCCCGCCAAAUGCCACUCACCGUUUCUGGCAAGGCUGAUCGACGACAGGUUCGAGCCGCGGCCACGUCGCUAACGCCCGAGGCACUCCUGACUUUCGGGUGUUCCGGUGCCCAGGCAAGUGAUGUCCCGUUGGCAUCCACAGAAACCACUGCGUGGAUAGUAUCCGAAGUGGUGGCUGAUGCUCUUCAUUCGCGCUUGAAACUGGACAGAAACCGCGUGGUGGGGAAGAAUGUUACCCUGUCUCGCAUUGGCCUGGACUCUAUUGACAUGAUGGCUAUAUCCGUAGCCAUCUCCAGCCGCUUCGACGUUCGUUUGCCUAUGGCACCACUCUUCCGAUCCGGCUUAACCGUUCGCGAUGUGGCUCUCAUGGUUUCAAUGCCGCCUGCCUCCCAAGGUCUAGAGCAAGAGCCGCCGCUGACAAUGGAUCUUUGGUCGGAGUAUCACAGGAUACGGGAGAGAAUACAUGGUAUCUGCGCGCAUUCGCGGAAAUUGGAGAAUUCCAGUCUCGGUGGACGUUCCAACGGGAGCGACCGUCGUGGCCGCGUCCUGUUAACAGGCGGCACCGGCUUUCUUGGAACCCAUAUCUUAAAAGCACUGCUGGAAGAUCCCCGAGUGCAGUCGGUCACGGUGCUUGUUCGCGCUGAAUCGGACAAGAUAGCAAUUAGGCGUGUCGUCCAAACCGCUCAUGGAGCAGGCUGGUGGAGAGAGUCGCAUCGAAACCGGGUCCGGACAUGGCGAGGAUGUCUGUCCCAGCCUUUUUUGGGGCUGUCCGAAAGUCGGUGGAAGAUCCUCUGCGGCCUUGACUACUCGGGUGAUGGGUUCGACACUGUGAUUCACAACGGCGCCUGGGUUCAUUGGGGUCAGGAUUACCACAAACUCAAGUCGGUCAACACAGAAAGCACCAUCAACCUCUUAAGUGCCCUGGCACAGCUGGCCUAUCCGGUGGCUUUCACUUACGUCUCGGCCCUCCUACCCGGCUCCUCGGAGAUGGAUGAUGAUCGCAGCGUGGCCAAGUUACUUUCCACCUGCGAUGGAUAUAGUCAAAGUAAAUUCAUGUCGGAACUGGCUAUUAAAGAGUUUCAACGAGACUCGGUCUGCAAGCAUAUCCACAUAAACAUCAUUCGGCCAGGGUGGAUAAUCGGAUCCACGGACAACGGGAUGGCAAAUGUGAGCGAUUAUGUUUGGCGCGUGGUAGGCUCUGCUGUGUCCUGUGGGCUUUAUAACAGUGAAGAGGACUCCAACUCGUGGAUUUUCAUCUCUCCCGUGAAUCUCGUUGCAGGCCUGAUCACCAGUCAAACUCUGGAUGGACACCGAGACACAACGGGUCUUAAUGAUAGCCAGCCUCUGCAGAUCACGUCCAUCACAGAUGGCCUUGCCGCCCCGGACUUUUGGCGCGCGGUAUCAACAGCAAGCCACCAGACUUUUGGCAGCCCUCUUCAACCUUGCCAGGGAAUCAACUGGUUACAUCAGAUGAAAGGAAGCAUGAUGGCGACAGGGGGUGAACAUCUGCUGUGGCCGGUGUUUGAAUUUUUGGAAUCCAACAAUGGUCGUUUGGGGUCCUCCUAUGCCGAUCCCAUUGUGACCUCUGCCACACUGCGGAGUCUCCUCUUCCGCUCGGUCGUCCAGAACGUACAACAUAUUUGCUCUGCAGGAUCGAUUGAGAUUGAGAGUGGGCUGAUGCUGGCGUCAUCUAACCUAUUCGGCCGGAGACCCAACUAG